AUGGACCGAGACGACGACGUGGACGACGACGUCUCGCUCCUCGUCGUCGUCCUCGAAACGAAUUCGCAGUUUUGGUUUCCCCGUUCCCGGAAACAACGAGAGACGACGACUCCUUCGACUCCUUCGACUUCUUUAUACGCGUUCGAAAAAGUCUGCAAAGACAUCGCCGCGUUUUCCUCCGCGUAUUUAGCGUGCAAUCGUGCGAACAGAAUCGCGGUCGUGGCCGCGCACGCCAGGAAAGAGUGCACGUUUUUGUUCCGGUCGCACUUGGAAGGUGAUGUUGUUCUCGAAGACGAAGAAGACGAAGAAGACAAAGAAGGAGAUAACACGAAGAAGACAAAGAAGAAGAAGAAGAAGAGAAAGAAACCGCCGACGAACCCGCGAAUGACGUUCGUCGGCGACGACGAGUGCGACGACAUCGGCGGGUUCGCGAACGAUGCGCAAGACGUGGACGCUUUAGAUAUUUCGAAAGGUUUAGAACCGUUACAGACGACGUUUCGGAGAGCGUUUUUCGACGGAUUGAAAGCGUUGAGCGAUGAAAACGUCGUCGUCAAUUACGACGACGACGACGACGACGAGAAUCGGGAGCAGCAGCACGCGACGCCAAUAGCUGGCGCGAUAUCGUUAGCUUUAACCUACGCGAAUAGAAUAGAACGAGAUCCGUCUUUACGGGGUCGCGUAAAAUCGAGAGUGUUGGUCGUUCAAGCGUCCGAAGACGACGCCGAACAGUACGUGCCGAUGAUGAACGCCAUGUUCGCCGCGCAAUCGAGCAACAUUCUCAUCGACUGUUUAUGCCUGAAUGAGAAAGAGUCUAGUUUUUUACAACAAGCGGCGUUUGUCAGCGGCGGCAUAUACGCGAAACCGGAGAAAUCGAAAAAAGGAGGAGGAGAAGAGACGCGAGAAGAUUUGCUCGAGAGAGCGUUAUGUUCGUUUCUCCCGGAUAGGUACACUCGACGCUUUUUACGUCCACCGAGAGCGGGUUCGAUCGAUUUCCGUUCCUCCUGUUUCUGUCACGGCAAUCGAAUCAGCAAAGGCUUCGUCUGUUCCGUCUGUUUGUCCGUCUUUUGCAAAAAAGAAGGUGCGUGUCAAACCUGCGGCGCCGCGUUCGUAUAA